AUGACCCCUGUCUUGGCCUUGUGCUGCCUGCUGGGCCUGGCGUCGGCCGUCCCGGCCACCUAUUUCCGGGAGGAGUUCGGGGACGGAGAUGCCUGGACAAGCCGCUGGAUAGAGUCAAAGCACAAAUCGGACUACGGAAAAUUCAAACUUUCUGCUGGCAAAUUCUACGGUGAUGCAGACAAAGACCAAGGGCUUCAGACAAGCCAGGAUGCUCGUUUUUACGCUCUGUCUGCACGAUUUGAGCCUUUCAGCAACAAGGACAAACCUCUGGUUGUGCAGUUCACAGUGAAACAUGAGCAGAACAUUGACUGUGGAGGUGGUUAUGUGAAGCUGUUCCCGUCCGGCCUGAACCAGGAGGAUAUGCACGGGGACUCCGAAUACAACAUCAUGUUCGGUCCUGAUAUCUGUGGCCCUGGUACCAAGAAAGUGCAUGUCAUCUUCAACUACAAAGGCAAAAACGUCUUGAUCAAUAAGGACAUCCGUUGUAAAGAUGACGAGUUCACCCAUCUCUACACCCUCAUUGUACGACCUGACAAUACGUACGAGGUGAAGAUUGACAACAGCAAGGUAGAGUCCGGUAACUUGGAGGACGACUGGGAUUUCCUGCCCCCCAAGAAAGUUAAGGAUCCAGAGGCGAAGAAACCAGACGACUGGGAUGAAAGGGCAAAGAUAGAUGAUCCAGAGGACACAAAGCCAGAAGACUGGGAUAAGCCAGAGCACAUUCCUGAUCCUGAUGCCAAGAAGCCAGAGGACUGGGAUGAGGAGAUGGACGGGGAGUGGGAACCGCCAGUAAUCCAGAACCCAGAGUACAAGGGAGAAUGGAAACCUCGUCAGAUUGACAACCCCAACUACAAAGGGAAAUGGAUUCAUCCUGAGAUAGAUAAUCCUGAGUAUACUCCAGAUUCCAGUCUGUACAAGUUUGAUGACAUCAGCGUCAUUGGCUUGGAUUUGUGGCAGGUUAAAUCUGGCACUAUCUUUGACAACUUCCUGAUCACAGAUGAUGAGAAAUUUGCCGAAGAAGUUGGCAAAGAAAGCUGGGGGGCUACUAAGGAGCCAGAGAAGAAAAUGAAGGAGCAGCAGGACGAGGAGCAGCGGAAGAAGCAGGAAGAGGAGGACAAGAAGAAGAAAGACGAGGAAGGAGAAGACGAGGCCGAAGGUGAAGACAAUGAGGAGGAGGAAGAUGAUGAGGAGGAGGAGGACGAGAAGGAGGAAGAGGAGGACACAGAGAGCCCCCAGAAGGAUGAGCUGUGAGGAGGGUUGUCCGCUGCGCCUUGCCC